AUGCAGGAGAGGCGGCAGCGCCCUCGGGGUGCCGGUGACCCCUCGAGGCGCGGCCGCUCCGCCUUUGGGAGGAGCGCCCGGGGCGGGGUGGGGCGCGCAUGUGCCAGGAGAAACUUUCCGGAAAACCCGGGUUUUAUUUCCUCCGAGGAGCUGGUGGGCUUGGGCGGGGCCCAUCAGGGGGCAGGAAAGCUGCUGGGUGGGCCAGAGGCUCUGACUUCCCACCUGCCCACAGAGCUGGACGACUCUGAAGCCAUCAGGCCCCAGGCCGCCCUCCUGGAGAAACACUUUCUGGAGGGGGAGAAGCAGCCACCCAGCACAGGGCAGGGCCCCUUCUUCUACAUCGGAGGGACCAACGGGGCCUCCAUAAUCAGCUCCUACUGCAAGAGCAAGGGCUGGCGGCGCAUCCAGGAUAACCGGCGGGAAGACUACAAGCUCAAGUGGUGUGAGGUCAAGUGCAGGGACACCUACUGCAACUUCCGGGAAGGCAAGCAGCUGCUGUACCAGCUCCCCAACAACAAGCUCCUCACCACCAAGAUUGGGCUGCUCAGCGUCCUGAGGGAGCACUCGAGAGUUCUGAGCAAGACCAGCAAACCAGCCCCCUGCGCACAGAGCAAGGUCCUGAAAAUGGAAGACUUUUUCCCAGAGACCUACCGUCUGGACAUCAGGGACGAGAGAGAGGCUUUCUUCACCCUCUUUGAUGAAACCGAAAUGUGGAUCUGCAAGCCCACAGCCUCCAACCAGGGCAAAGGCAUCUUUCUGCUCCGGAACCAGGAGGAAGUCACCACCCUCCAGGCCAAGACCCAAAGCAUCGAGGACGACCCCAUCUACCGCAAGAUGCCAUUCCGGGCACCCCAGGCGCGGGUCGUGCAGAGGUACAUCAAGAACCCGCUGCUGCUGGACGGGAAGAAGUUUGAUGUGCGCUCCUACCUGCUCAUCGCCUGUGCCAUGCCCUACAUGGUCUUCUUCGGCCACGGCUAUGCUCGCCUCACCCUCGGCCUUUAUGAUCCCCAUUCCAGCGACCUCAGUGGCCAUUUAACCAACCAGUUCAUGCAGAAGAAGAGUCCCCUGUAUGUGCUGCUCAAGGAGGACACAGUGUGGAGCAUGGAGCACCUCAACCGUUACAUCAACGACAAGUUCCACAAGACCAAGGGCCUCCCGCGAGACUGGGUCUUCACCACCUUCACGAAGCGAAUGCAGCAGAUCAUGGCCCACUGUUUCCUGGCCGUCAAAGCCAAGCUGGAGUGCAAGCUGGGCUACUUUGACCUCAUCGGCUGUGACUUCUUGAUCGAUGAAAACUUUAAGGUGUGGCUGCUGGAAAUGAACUCCAACCCCGCCCUGCACACCAACUGUGAAGUCCUGAAAGAAGUGAUUCCCGGCGUGGUCAUGGAGACCCUGGACCUGGCGCUCGAGACCUUCCAGAAGAGCCUACGCAGCGAAAAGAUGCUACCACUGCUGUCCCAGCGCCGCUUCGUGCUCCUGCACAACGGCGAGACGGACCUGUGGCCGUGCCUGGGGGGCUCCCGCAAAGUCCCCCGCCCGCCGCUGCCCCCACUUCGGCCCACCUGCGACGCCGCACCCCUCGAGCCACCCCUGCUCCGCGCCACCGACAGGCCGGGUGCGCGCAGGCCCGCGCCACACCGGGGCCUCGGCGGAGGGCCAGGGCGGCCCUCCUCCGCGCAUCGGCGCCCCAGGCCUCCCAUCCCCGCCCCCGACGGCGCCCUGAGUGGAGGCCCCGAGGCCCAGGGCGGUGGGCAGCCGCGAGUGGGCGACGAGGACCGGGUACGGGAGCUUUCCCCGGGGCCGGCAGAAGAGGAGCGCAAGAACGCGGGCCAUCGCGGCUCCUAG